AUGGAGACACUGUAUACGGGUGCGAUACACGGCUUUCCGCAAUCCUCAAAUGGCAUUGACAAUGGCAUAUCCACGGGUCUGGCGGCUUCUUUUGAUCAGGAUGGCGUGCUAAGUCUUGUGGUCGUACUGGGCGGUAGUAUCUCCCUCGUUGCUCUGGUCUUUGCCUUUAUUACCUACAGUCUUUUUUCGGACUUAAGAAGUUUAGCAGGAACAACCUUAAUGAAUUUGCUGGCAGCUCUUUUCAUGGUGCAACUUUUAUUUAUUGUUGGAGUUGGCGGUGUUCAGGAUCCAGAAUUAUGCAUCUCGCUAGGCAUGAGUCUGCAGUACCUCCGGAUCUCGGUGGUCUGCUGGUUGGCAGCGAUGUGUCAUCACCUAUACGCGACCGUCGCGUCAAUUCCCAACCGCGACGACCCUCCGACUUACUUGAAAUACAGUGUAUUUGCCUGGGGCGCACCCCUUCUCAGCCUUGGUAGCGCCACGCUUCUACAGAUGCACGAAACUAAUAACAUCUGGAAAGUCGAUGAUCUUAUGCCCUUAAAUUGCUGGUUCCUGGGGGCCAAGGCAACCGUAUACGCUUUCGGUAUACCAGUAAUAAUGUUGCUCUUCUCAUCAGGCUAUUAUCUGCUUAAAGCAGCCAUCGUAGCCAGAUACACAUGCAGUAUGCAACUGGAAAUAAAGCAGCGAGAGAAAAUGAAGAGGAGGCGAGCGCUACAGCUUAUGCUCUUCUUAAAAGUGAGCCUUAUCAUCGGGUUAGUGGCCGGAUGUGGGGUUGCCUCGCGGGUUUGGAAGGUGCCGUUCUUGUGGGCAGUCUUCUGCACUGGACAUUCGCUCCAGGGUCUUGCUGUUGCUUUAUCAGUUGCCUGUAAUUGCAGAGUAUUGAAGAUCUAUUCUAGAAAAUCCCAUAAGCAACCAAAACAUCAGAUAGCAAAAUCAUCGAGUAUGCAAUUACUUGCUCCAGCACCUGAUCCAGUUUAAAUAACAUCAGUGAAUGAAAACACAAAUUUUCAAACAUCCACUCAGAAGAACAG